CGGAAACAAUUUCCUUGAAUUUCACCAUUUCGCAAGUCCGUUUUUCGAUUUUUGCGUUUUUUCGAAUGGAAAAUAAAGAUUUGGGGCGACUUUUUGCGUCCGCGAAUCGCCGUACCAUUUUGCUUUUCUCAAGAAUAAAUGGGUGUUUAUAGUAUGUGAAAUUGCGAUUUACGACUUUGCUGAAUAUUUGUAUGGGCGUUGUUAUCUGUAAUUUCUUAAUACUCACCUUAAAACAAUCGAUUAUUUGGAAGAAAAUGACGGAUUACCUCAUUUCGUAUCGCAGUUUCAAAUCUACCGCUUCUGUAUACAAGGAAAGUAAAAAGAUCAACUUUGAAAACAAAGAAAUAAACUUGAUCGCCUACAUUUGAAAGUAAAAGUUCAGUAGAGUGCAUUAAACACAAACGAAGUACGUUCUUCCAAGAAACAACAUGUAAAAACGUCCGAACAAGGAGUCAGUUAUGAAAAAUGUCUUCAGUUAACGACAGAAAAAUAAGAGAUGUGCGUGAUAUUUGGAACUGUAACAAAGAAGUGGAAAAGGAAAACCCGCGUGUUCCCGUCGUCGAAAACAAUGUUGAUAACCGGACCAAACACAAAUACAAGACUUUGGAGAGGCACCUUAGUAUGAAAAAGACUAUUAGGAAGAAAAUGAUGCGAGACUUGAGGGAGAUCGGGGAUGCGGGCGUCGAACCCAAUUCGCAGACCCAGAACGCCGGAUUUUUAGAACAAAUUAAGAACGACCAACCUCCGCCUGCCAACAUAGACAAACCUAGUUUAUGGAAAAGACUUACUAAAGGAUGGGGUCAUACUUAAGCGAUUCGUGACCUGUUUGUGAUUAUUUAUAUGCUUCUCCAGCUUUCUUAAAUGAUUUACAAACAGUAUUUAUAGUGUGAAUUAGCUUAAUUUAGCUUUAAGGUUUCGCUGUUCCUAAAAAGUAUUUUCUAAUAGUUGGAUAACAUAACUAUAGUUGCAGAAUAGGGUGUUAUAACAGAAGUAUUUAUUUUAUAGUAUGUUACCAGGUUUCCUUGUUGUAUAUAAUGAACUCUGAAAGAAACGUUAUCAAAUUAACGAAUUUAUAUUUUGUUAAACUACAAUUAUGUUACGUUCUCUGCUAUUAAUUUUUGUUGGGUGGAUGUAUGUUCACUUCAUGUCGCUUUAAAUACAUAGCUGUUUGAUUUUAUUGUGCACGUUCCAAUAAAAUACUACAAAACGAA